CCAUGCCUCUGACCUUAGCCCUUCUGCUGCUCCUGGACCUGAGCGCCCGACGAGGCUGGGGCUGCCUGCAUUGUGACCACUCGGUGCGGGAGGCCCUGAGCCAGCUGCGCGUCGCCCUCAUCCCCGACCGCUUCCAUCAAAAGCAGCUGCAGGCCCGCGCUCGGGCCCUGCUGCUGGGCAUGGAGGGGCCUUUCUUCCGGGACUACGCGUUGAACGCCUUUGUGGGGAGAGUGGGGAUAGAGCACCUGGACCUUGUGGCAUCCUUUAUCAAGAAUCAAACAAACAACUUAAUGGUUAAUUCUCUUAGAGGUAGGAGCUAAGAGGGAAAGCCUUUUUCCAGCCCCCUUUCCCUUCCUCCCUUUCCACCGUUCACUACGCCUUCUCUUGAUGUAAAAAUAAAAGCAAACACGCUGUACAGCCUUUACUGUGUCAGAGUUCUAGAAAAGUCUAGGACAGGUCAUCAAGGUGGGCGGUAUUGUGAUCUGCCCUUAACAGAGGGGGAGGCUGAGGCUCAGAGAGGUUAGGCGACAUACCCAAAGUCACACAGCUAGGAAUAACAGAGCUGAGGAUUUGAACCUGGGACAUCCAGCUUAGACCCUUAUAUUCGUAACCAUCACCCCAUGAGGUUUCUCCUGGUUUUGUAUUCAGCAGCUCCUGGGACGCCACUGAAAUCAUUGUGGCCGCUAAGACAGUUCCCAACGGGAGGGCAGUAGAGGGCCCUGUGGACUGGGGUGGGAGGAGGGAUCUAAGCCCCAGGAACCUCACCCCACUUUGAGGGAUGGAGCAGGGAGAAGGGCACCACGGAAGAGCCCACCAUUUUUUUUAAAAGAUAUGAAAUAUUUGUGUGUGUGUAGUUUGUAGAA